GAGAAAGUCACUACGCGACGCAGGCAGCAGUGGAGCAGAAGCCUGGGAAUGAUUCACCGUUGAAGCGGUUUCGUGUUCGCUUGGCAGUGACGUUCGAGUGCACGGAGGAAAGUCUGACGUCGUGCGGGACGCAGUGCGAUUGAGCAGGUCGCCAUGCCGCCGCCGCCCUCGCCGUCGCCGGCCACGUGCAUCCAGUGUGGCGGCGACGUGCCGCGCCUGUACCGCCAGUACUCGCCCACCGUGCUCAAGGAGACGCGGUGCGCGCACUGCCACCGCGUGGCCGACAAGUACAUCGAGUACGACCCGGUGCUGGUGCUGCUGGACCUGGUGCUGCUGAACCGGCAGGCCAUCCGGCACAUCCUGUACAACACGGCGUUCCGGCACUACUGGAAGCUGUGCGUCGUGAUGGUGCUCAUCGAGGGCUACGUGACGUACUGCGGCGUGCAGGAGGCCCACGACGGGGACCCCUGGCACGGCCUGGCGGCGCCGCUGGACGCGCCGCAGCUGGACGGCGAGCGCCAGUUCUACGUGAUCUGCGUCGAGUCGCUGGUGGCGGCCGCGGCCUUCCUGGCCGUGACGGCGGUGGGGUGCCGCGCGCUGGGCCGCCGCGUGCCGCUGCGCCGCCUCGCCAAGGCCCUGGUGCUGGGCAGCUUCGCCGUGUUCCUCUGGGUGCCCGCGCUCGUCUGGACGCUGCAGGACGGCGGCCCCGCGCGCCGCUGGCUGGACGCCGCCUUCAUCGGCGGCUACACCUUCCUGGGCCUCACGCAGACCGUGUCCGUGCUGUGCUCCGCGCCCAGGCCCGCCGCCGCCCUCGUGGCCGCCCUGGGGCUCGGCGCCAAGGCCGCGGCCCGGAACGCGCUG